AUGUUUGUGCUGAGCAUAAGCUCCCUGUCUGAGGUCCAAAUGGACUUCACCUUGGACUUCUACUUUCGUCAAUUCUGGCACGAUCCUCGGCUGAGCUUCACGAGAUUCCUGGACGAUCCCAACUUCAGGACAUCGAGAAAUAGACCGGACCUGGAUGUCCUCACCGUCGGCGUGGAAUACAUCAAUCGGAUCUGGGUUCCAGAUACCUUCUUUGCGAACGAAAAACAGAGCUAUCUUCACACGGCCACCACUUCCAACGAAUUCCUCCGUAUCUCCAACAACGGCAGCAUCUAUCGGAGUAUCAGGCUGACAAUCACGGCUGGGUGUCCGAUGGACCUCCGAUUCUUCCCAAUGGAUCGACAACUCUGUAGCAUUGAGAUUGAAAGCUUCGGUCACACGGCGAAAGACAUCAGGUACACGUGGAUGUCAGGCAUUCGUUCGGUCGGAGUGUCCUAUGAUGUCUCCCUAUCCCAGUUCAAAGUCCUUGGGUAUAGGCAAAAGUCCAAGGAUUUCUCCCUCUCUUCAGGUAUACCUGUAUUCUUCGGUUACACGACGAAAGAAAUCAGGUACAGGUGGAUGUCAAGCUUGAAAUCCGUCGUAGCGUCCAAUGAUGUCUCCCUACCCCAGUUCAAAGUCCUUGGGUAUAGGCCAAGGUCCAAAAUCCAAGGAAGUCUCCCUCUCUUCAGUGCCUCACCUGCGCGGGUGGCCCUCGGCGUUACUACCAUCCUCAUCAUGACUACCCUCAUGUCUUCGACCAAUGCUGCUCUCCCCAAAAUCUCUUAUGUCAAGUCCAUCGAUGUUUAUUUGGGCACGUGCUUUGUCAUGGAUGAUGCAUGGGAAUAUAUUAUUCUUGGACCGACAGGGAACUACUCGCGGCUGGCUUGCGAGAUCCAAUUCGUACGAAGCAUGGGCUACUAUUUGAUCCAGAUCUACAUCCCAAGCGGUCUCCUCGUGGUCAUUUCCUGGGUCUCCUUCUGGCUCAACCGUAAAGCUUCGGCAGCAAGAGUGGUCUUGGGCAUUACCACGGUGCUCACAAUGACCACACUGAUGUCAUUCACCAAUGCUACGCUUCCAAAAGUAUCCUAUACCAAAUGCAUUGACGUGUACCUCGGUGCUUGCUUCAUUAUGGUCUUUGCCGCUCUCCUUGAAUACGCGACGGUGGGGUACAUGGGGAAGAAGAUCCAGAUGAGGAAGACUCGGAUGCUGGCCAUGCAGAAGUUGGCGGAGCAAAAAAAGGCGAGCAUGGCACAGUGGAGCGAAGGUGCACCGAGCCAUGCUCCACCUGAGGCCACCCAUGGGCACCCUGUCAUGGCCCCCGAAUGGACCCCCAAACAAGCCAGUGGCACCACUCAACGCAUGCAGGCAAUGAGUCAAAUUGAUUUUUCGCAUUCUAGAUGA